CAGUACCAACUUACCACUUGCUACGUCCCCUUCUCUAUAUUUAUACGUCAAUGGUGCCUAUCCUUGAUAUAUUGCCCUCUUUUGACUCAGUCAACUGAGAAAACUCAAAAAUGGAGAGCCCAAGGAAUCCAAAUUUGUGUGAAGGAGGUGGAGAUGGAAUAAGUUUUCCAGAAGAUCAAUUCCCGACUAUUAGUCAGCAAAAUUUUCCGAUCCAAGAUAUGACAACCGCAGCACAAAUAGAGUCGAUGAUGGUAGAAUCAGUGUAUAGUGACCAAUUUUUACAAGAAGAUCUGUCUUGGAGAAACAAUUCCACAAAUGUAAGCAGCGAGCAAAAUCCUCCAGUGAUUAACCAGACCGCUGCCGGAUCAACAAAGCAGAUCAGGCAACAACAAUCAGGUCAACGCCAACCAGCAGAUAGAUCCUUUGCAAUUUCUAGCAGCGAAAAUGCUACACCAGACCCACGUGCCAGAAAGAGAGAGACCGAUAGAAGAUACAGGGUGAGAACCAAGGAAGACAAAGAGCAAAUGAAGUCCACCCUCGAUAAACUUGAGGCCGAAAAUGAAUACCUUAGAAAGGAAAUCAUUUUGGGGAAUCAGAAGUUUGACGAAUUGAAGAAGAAGUAUGAGAAGCAACAUAAGAAACGGAAGCAAAUUGAGGCUGAAAAUGAAUCACUAAAAGAAGAAAAGGUCUUGGUGAAAAAGAGGUUCGAAAAAUGGAGGAAGAAGUGCGAGAAGCAACUUGCUGAAAACAUUGGAGGGUUAAAGGACGAGAUUAUUGAAUCCCUAAAAGAAGACAUUGUGUUAGCAAAUGGAAGCUCAUCUAGAACUCAGUCGCAUGAACUGGGCCAGGUCAGGAGUGAAUUGGAAAAUUUGAAAAAAGAACUUGCCUCCCUGAAAACUUACGGCCACAGACAGACCGGAGCUGGAAGCAGCAACAACUUGAAUGGAGGUACGCUCAAUAUGCAUCCCUCAUACCCUGCCUUCCCUAGUGUUGCAAGCAGUCCAGCAACAAGGCCGCCGGCCUCGCCUCUGUUAUGCAAAGAGUAUAAUGAUUAUAUACAAGAGCUUCAAAGUGAUGAUGAGGUAGAGGGAAUAUAUAUAGUAACUUAGAAAAUUUUUCUGGACUGCAUAGUGUUUAUGUUAGGUAAUAAUUUGGGGUAUAUAUACAUGUAAAUGUAAUUACCAUUAUUAGCCUUUUAAGGUUGUGAUGUCAAGCCGUACUUGACAUAUUAAGAUUGUAAUAACUUACCAUGUCAUAGUGUUGUAACUAUAUUAUAUGCAAAGAAGUAAUUCUUUUUUUUUUAAGUUUGAGUCACAUAAUAUGUAAAUAAAUAGAGUAGAUUAUG